AUGGCAGGUUUCUUUCCCAAGGAAACAGUUAAGAACACUGCUGAGGUGGUUGGGAUUUCUAACUUAAAAGACGAGGUCGCAUUGGCUCUAGCACACGACGUAGAAUAUAGAUUAUACGAAAUAAUACAAGAAGCAACAAAAUUCAUGCGUCACUCCAAAAGGACUAAGCUUACAGGAGACGACAUAAAUCAUGCGCUACGCGUGCGUAAUGUCGAGCCAUUAUACGGCUUUAAUGUUCCAAUAUCGUAUAAAUUUGAGAGACUGUCAACAAAUACAAUGGAUCUCUAUUAUCUUGAAGAUGAUGAAUUGGACUUUGAAAGCUUAAUUGAUGCCCCUUUGCCUAAAGUUCCACAAGAUGUUAUUUUUACUGCUCAUUGGCUCGCUGUUGAAGGUGUACAGCCAUUGAUUCCACAUAAUCCAACAAUAAAAGGACCAGUUAAAACAAAGAUAACAAAAAAUAUUGCUUCUACACAUGAGAAUCUAGAAUCUAAUAUAACAGAAGUCAAUGGAACAAUCGAGAUGACGAAUCCAUCCACAAUUCAAUCUAUUUCCCAAGAACAUCAGAGAUACUAUGAUUCGAUCGUGAAUGCUGUGUUUAGUUUGGAAUCAAAUGAUAUUUUGCGAAACCAGGCAUUUUCGAGUCUGAGCGUUGACACGGGAAUUAAUAAAUUAUUACCACAUUUUACAAAACUUAUAUGUGAAAAGGUUGUAGAGAAUAUCAGAAAUCUCGAGGUGUUAGAUUAUCUAAUGAACAUGACAAAGUCACUAUUGAGCAAUGAGACUGUUUAUCUUGAUCCUCAUCUACACCAAUUAAUCCCUGCUAUAUUAACCUGCUUGGUCUCCAAAAGACUUGGUCUCCGAUCAACAGAAGAUCACUGGUCAUUGCGUGAAUUCGCCGCAAAAAUUAUCGCGGACAUCAUCAAGCGGUAUGGACCAGCAUAUCACACUCUAAAACCGCGUAUUACAAAAACAUUGAUACGUGCAUUACUGGACCCAAAUAAAUCAUUUUCCACUCAAUAUGGCGCGAUUGUUGGUUUAUCUGCAUUAGGACCCGAGAUCAUCAAAAUCCUCAUGCUACCAAAUAUAAAAACGUAUGGGGCGUUCAUCAGGACACAAACCGAGAGUGGUGACGCUGUGGCUAGGGGUGAAGCUGAACGUUGUUUGCAGGCAGUUAUGGAUGCACUAGAUAAACUGGUAGAAGAUCUUUCAUUAGGAAAAAUGCCCAGACCCAAAAAUCUAUCACAGCAAAGGGUUGUGAAUCUGCGAGAGAAAUUAACAGAAAAACUUGGCAAUUUGUUUACUGAGAAAAUCUAUGAGCGGUUUCAAGAUGAAGACUUGAUACAUGAUAUUUUCAAUAGUUUUGGCGGCGAACAAUGA